GGAAUCGAAACUUAACCGGGAAGUUCGCGGGUUUCCUUCCUCCUCGGUUGUUCAUCAUCGUCAGCACGACACUCUCGGCUGCUAAAGGUUUUAAUGUAUUUUAUUUCCCCCGCCUCGGACUCAGCAUGACACGCUGAUGAAACUUGCCUCGGUUCAAUGAACUUCCUCACUCCAUCAGUGAACAAUCAUGGAGCCUGCCAGACAAAAGCGCAAGGAGGAGAUAAGCAAAGCUCUGAAAUUUAUCCAGUCUUCCCUGGCUUAUCCAGAGCCCGAGGGCUACCAGGACUUCCUCACCCAGCUCGUGUGCAACCUGCUCGAUGAGGGCAACGCCUUGUUCAGAGACGGAGAGUGGGAGCGGGCCGCGAGAGAGUUCAGCGAAGGCCUGAACGUCUCGUGCUACGCUGCGGGAGAGGACAUCCAGAUCCCCGAAGUGUUGCUGGAGAGCCUGUAUGUGAACCGGGCUGCUGCCUACCACAGUCUGGGGGAAUAUGACCGAGGCGUGAAGGACUGCGACAGAGCUCUUGAAGGGUGUAAGGAAAGCCGCAGGGCCCUGUACAGGAAGGCGCUGUGUUUGAAGGAGCUCGGGAAGUACAAGGAGGCCUACAACUGCACCACGGACUGUCUGCUUAUCACUCGCCUGGAUAAAGAUGUGAACGAGCUCGCUCAGGAGCUGGCCAUCCGCCUAGGACUCAAAAAUCGAAAACCCUAUGUCAGCGCAAAGGAGGACGCACUUAUAACGACAGACGUCACAAACGGAAACACGACUGCUGAAGCCGUCAAGGUGUCUGGUGCUAAUUUAGGAAAUGGUGUGAAUCCUCUGAGUGGCCUCGCACCAGUCAGCUUCCGCAGCAUGCCUCAGUCCGUGAUCCCCCCCGCGCCACCCGCCGCCUCCUCGGUGCCCGCCACGGUGGACGCUUUGGAGGACUCCGAGCUGAUGGGAGAUGACUUAGACAGCCUGCUCGACUGCUUCCCUGCUGAGCAGGAGUCAACUGAGACAUGCAUCCAGGCGCCAUUCUCGCCUCCCAGCAGGACUUCCACUUCCGCGCACACGGUUCCUUCGGUCCUGCCCGACCCAACACCCCAGCUCCCCCCGGCCUUCUUCAUCUCGGCCGUCAGCCAACUCAACUCCCUGGACUCCUUUCCAGGUGGCGAGCAAAGCACUACGACUGCAGCACUGGAUACCCUGGACGACCUUUUGACCUCACAGAGUCUUCAUGCCUUAGACAACUUCUCAGGAGUUGGAGGCGGUGCAGGUACUCCGAAUUUAGGCCUGACCUCUGCGGCGCUGGAUACCCUGGAUGGCCUCGAUUCCCUGGAUGACUUCUUGGAUACAACGCCAAGUGCUGCUGCUGCUGAGGAAGUUAAUGAAUCCAAAACAGAACUGGAGACGGAAGAAAAGUCCCUUGAUGAUUUGCUGGACGAACUAGACACCCUGGAGACCGUCUCUGACCCAGCUGGUCAGUGUGGUGAUGUCCCUACAGUUGGUGCGAAAGCUGUGAACCAGCUCGACUCCCUUGAUGCCCUGGACUCGUUUCCCUCAGUGACUCUGCCGGCGGUCUCCGUCGGGGGAACAGGCCUGGACUCGCUCUCCAAUUUCAGCUCAAUUGGUAUCCCGAGCGCUCUCACCGCUGUAGCUCCAGUAAUACGACCUGCAAAGAACAACUACAGAGAGAGGAAAAACCAAGCGCUGGUUACAGUCUCCAACCCGCUGUCCUCCACCCACGAGUUCCUGCAGGCCUGCUCCGCCUGUUUCCCUCGGGAAGGUCGAGGGAUAAAUACGUUUGUUCACAAGCCGGACCUGGUUCACAGCUGCGAGCGAGACAUUCUGUUGUGUAGACGAAAGGCGGGUCAUCCUUCAGAGUGGACCAGAGUGCGACCGAUGCCCGCUCGGACGUCCUUCAGAGGGCCCUUUGUGCUCUGCAGGAAGCUGCUGAAUACGGGCGACUGUAAGUACAGAGAGGAUUGUACGUUUGCCUACAACCAGCUGGAGAUCGAUGUUUGGACGGAGGAGAGGAAGGGGAUGCUGGACAGAAGCCUGCUGUUUGAACCGGCGUCUGUCACACUGGACCCUGUAAACAGCAUCAUACGCCUCCUGCAGGAACACAAGGGCACGUUCAUGUUCCUCUGUCAGGAAUGCUAUGACAGUAAACCUAGAAUCAUCAGUAAGCGCUGCAGAGUCAGUCACACCACCUGCUCUAACUUGGACGCUCGCCACACCUUUGACGCUAACAAGUGUUUGGCAUUUGUGGUGAGGACCCACAAUGUGAACUACAGAAAGGUCCGUCCGCUGAGCGUCCUGUGCCAGCUGGAUUUGUGCCACCAAGCCAUCCGGUACGGCUGCCAGAGAGAGAACAACUGCCAUUACGCCCACUCCAUCAUCGAGCUCAAGACUUGGAGAGUGCAGCGACACACAGGUAUCAGCCCUGAUGAGAUUGUGAAAGUAGCUGCAAAAUAUUAUGACAAGCAGGAGCAAGACUCAAGCAAACAGAAAGGGAAUAGACAGUUGUCUUCUGGAGGUGGUGGGAGCAAACCAAGAGGAGGAGGAGGAGGAGGAGGAGGAGCUGGGAAGAAUCUGAACAUGAAGAUGAAGUUUGCCUGCGCUCAGUGCUGGCGGGAUGGUCUGAUCAGUGAACCAGAAAAGGCGCUCAAGUAUUGCACUGCCAAGGCCAGACAUCCCUGGACUAAAGACAGACGGGUCCUGCUGGUCAAGUCCUUAGAGAGAAGUAAAUGGGUUCAGGUCCGACCACUGCCACACGCCAAGAACUUCCCUCUGCAGUAUGAUAUAUGCACCCAGGUUUUGGAGAAAAGGAAAUGUAACUACACAGGGAAGUGCACCUUCGCUCACAGCCAAGAGGAGAGGGAGAUGUGGAUGUAUAUGAAGAAUAAUGACUUGCUGGACAUGCAGCAGAUCUACGACAUGUGGCUGACAUUAACUGCCCAGAACCGCCAGGCAGAUGGCGCCAUGUUCACCCAGCCCGUUCCAGAAGAGAAAUAUAUCAUCAUGCCGACUGACUAUGCCGAACCAAUGAGCGGCUUCCACUGCCGUCUGUGCGGCAAACACAGUAACAGCGAGCGGCAGUGGCAGCAGCAUAUCUCCACCGAGAAGCACAAGGACCGAGUGUUCAGCUGUGAGGGAGAAGACGAGGCUCUGACGUGGAGCUACCGCUUUCCUGGAACAAACUUUGAGCUCUGCCCCAAGUUGGAUGGCGGCUGCGCUGACGGUGUGUGCUGCGACUACGCCCACAGCCCGGAGGAGCUGCGGGAGUGGACCGAGAGGCGGGACUUCCUGCGACAGAAGCUGGCCAAAGCCAGGGAAGACAUGCUCAUCAUGCCCGAUGAGUUUGACUUUGGGAAGUACAACUUUUUACUUCAGGACUGAGAAGAAUUGAUGUUUUGGCUUUGUGAGCCAUUUUUGUAACGACCAAAGAAUCAUAUCAGUGUAUUAAGAGUUUUCAAGACAAAACCAAAAUGAACAGGUGACAAGAUCAAACUAACAAGGUGUCCAGCUUGUGAUUUGCUUUCUCGAAAUGCCGUAUACCAUUUACUUUGAAUUGGUAAAUUUUUAAUUUCCUCAAACUAUGUAUGGAGCUACUUGUAUUGCUCUUAACUGUCCAGCUAAAACCUCAAUACAAAUUACUCAAUGCUGUGAAAGUAAGACUCAUGUUGGUGCUGCUCUGAAAAACACAGCAGACACAAACACAGUUAAUCACGGAACAUAAAUAACAGGGUUUAUAUUUAAUUUUGAAUAUUGUUUUGUUCUUUUCCCUUCAGUUAAAGCAGGGACUCGAUAAAGAGACGAGCGCUUUCAUUCCAUAGUUCACUCAGAGAGAAGAUGUUCAAAGACUGACUGCAUUAAAAAUACACCCCACAAAUGAUGAUUCACUCUCAACCUUUUAAUACAAAUAAAAAUUGUAUUGUUCAGUUCUAAUUUGUACUGAAGCAAAGACUUGUUUGUUAUUCCUCCUCGCCGGCGACAGCCAGAGCCGUCCGUAUAAUACCUACGUCCAUCCUACCCAUUCUCGUGGACACGAUAUC